CUUUAUAAACCCAAAAACAAUGUGAUUUUUUUUUUAUGUAGAAUAUUUCAAAACUCACCAUGACAUUUUGUUGGAUAACUACAAAUUUGAAUUUAGUAUCCCCCCCAAGAAAAACAACUUAUUUCUGGAUUUUUUUGCUUUUUGCCUGAAUUACUUAUGCAGUCACACAAAAAACACUUCCUCACUUCUCUUGCAGAUAUAGUUAAAAUAUUGAGCUUGAAAUAUUCUUUAUUUGUUGUGUAUAGAUACGGAAUUGAUUAAAAAACAAGUAAACAACAUAAAUUUAAAAAAAAGCCUGAGAAUACGUAUAGGAGAGCAUAAAUUAAAUAUUUCUAAGGACAUUACUUAUUUUUGCUUAAAAAGUCUGUCCACAAUGGUUAUUUUUGCUGGAAAUAUAUAAGCAAUAAUUUUUGCUGAACUACCACAUAUUGUACAGACUUGUUUUGGCUUUAACGGUUGUGUCUAGCAUAUUCACAAUGGUUCAAUACAGGAUGGACCAAAAAAAUGCAAAAUUGAAUAUUCAGGAUUGGUUGUUUUUACUAAAAUCUCUUAAAAUUAUAUUACUAUUUAAAAUCUUAGAAGUUAAUUUUUCCUGAACACAUUUACAGUUAUGGCUACUAUAAAGUUAAAUCUUUAGAUAUUUUUUUCAAUAGUAUGGUUUGAAAAUAGUACAUUAAUAAUUUGCUAAGGGGAAGGAGGACAAUCCAAUUUGCUCCCCGGGCCCUUAAAUUUCUCCUGAUGGCCCUAGACCAAUACCUUCAUAGUACACAAGCUCUAGAAGACUGCAAUAAUACUCUUAGUUUUCAAUGUCUACUUUGUAGUAUUGCCAAGCAACAAUAAAACUUCAGCAGUUUUUUUAAAUUUUAAGUAAAACCUCUAACUCCAUAAACAAAAUGAAGAAAGGUUUUCUAGGCUUCCCAAACGACCUCUUUGAUCGCUGGAGAAACAUACUGGGCCAGAACAGCAUAGAGCGUGUCCCGCUUCCUGAACCGGAACCUCGACUGAAUGUGCGGACGGGAGCUUUUUUCGACAGCAUAGCGGCGCUGCCAACGCCACAUCUUGUGCCGUGCAACCCAGGCGACGUAGACUCCCCCUACGAGGUCGCCGUGACUCGCCCAGCGGAGGAAGGCCUGCCUCAGGAAGAGCGACGCGCAGUCUUGGGGUUGUCUGCGCCCACGUCUGUCGCCCCGCCACUUCCCGUGCAAACAGCAGAGUCCUCGUGUUCCGAGGAUGAGGAUGAGGAUGAAGAUGAGGAUGAUGAUGAACCAGCUUUACUAGGGUAUCCUCCGAUAAAGCCAAUACACCCAGUCGCCAGAGGGCGCGGGCGGCUGCCUCGCUCCCGCCAUCUGUUCGCGAGACCGGACCGGCCGUGGGUGCGCCUCGUGAGGCCGCGACAUGUCAUCAGGGACGCGAGAGGAAGGCUCUCAUACGUACUGCAGGAGGCGAGACCAGGAUGGACCACGGACUCUCCGAGGACCGCGACGAGAGCACUCAGGAGCCGGAGAUACGAGGACGACGCGUGAGGCGGCAGCUCCAGUCACGUGACACCGAGGACAGGUCUCGGUGCACUGGACUGACCCCGUCAUCCCACCCAGCGGCGCUGCGUCGUCCAUCAGACCUGCGCCUGGCUGCUUCCCGGACACGCUGCACGCGACAGAAACCCUCCACGCUCCGAGGACUCACCACAACGCAGAGUUUCAUGUGCUACCUUCACGAAUAAUUGUUAAUUAUACAUCAACUUUCAGGAGAGGCGAGCUUCAAUUAGCGGCGCUGGUCUACUGCACACCUGAGAGGUAUUUUUUUUGACGUGACGUCUAAUAAAUCGAUGAAUGCCGUUUGCAAGCACGAAAAAGUGUCCCGUAAUGCACAUCAUCCCGUUACGCUCAUUGUACGCUUGCGCCACAUCUAUCUCGCUUCCACUCGAUUGGAACAUUAAACUCGAGGCACAUUGAACUUGAAACACUCCCAUUCGUUUCCUACUUUUCCUAUCAUCGUCCUGUCUUUAACAGAAUAACACAGAUUGGAAGAAGUUAAAUAGCAAACAUGUAUAAAUGUUAUAGUUAAAAAAAUCUCUUCGUUAAAGUAAUAAACAUAUUUGAAUUAAUGAGUGCAAAUAAAAGUAAAUUUUUCAAUUAAAA